AUGGGCGACAGACCAGCAACGCCGCCGCGAGCCACUCGCUCAGCGGGCAAGCUGCCGCCCAACCCUCCGACUCCAGAGCAGAUCAGGCGGAUGGAAGAAGCCCGGCUCCGAGCAAAAGCACAGGCACAGCAAGUUCAAGCGUCCCGUCCCUCGCCCGCACCCGUCGCUGGCACGAAACGCGCAUACUCGUCCCUAACGUCGUCUACCACUCCCACACAAGUCCGUAAUGCCAGCUCCACGCAAGCAUCUGGCGGCUUCAUCCAGCCGCCCUCGAACUCAUACAUCCACCAGAGCAAGAGCAAAGACAUCAAGCGCUCCGACUUUAUCGAUUACGACUUCAGCACCAUGACCGACACGAAGGGCGGUUUUCUCAGCACAACAGACGACCCGCACAACCGUGCCAUGUGGACAGGCAAAAGUCGCGAAGAACAGAAACCAGAAGGCAUGACACUCGCAGAGUGGGAGCGUGAACAGGUGCGUAGAAAGUUACGAGAAGCGCGCGCUGGGCCCUACGAGCCUGGCAUAUCGAUCCUGAACGCCGUAAACGGGAAAGAUGAGGCUGAAGACGAAGACGCCGCGCUCCUCGAAGCCGCCGAGAAUGCCGAGAUCGAGGCCGGCACGUUCAAAGGCAAAUACGGCGAUGGCAAGAAAGACAUUCCCGGCAAAUGUCGCGAGUGCAACAGCCUGGAAAUAGACUGGAAAUGGGCCGACACAUUCCACAUCUCUGUUUGUUCGCGCUGCAAAGAAUCGAUCCCGGAUAAAUACUCGCUCCUCACCAAAACAGAAGCGCGCGACGACUAUCUUCUCACAAACCCUGAGCUCGCCGACGAGGACCUCCUCCCGCAUCUCGAGCGGCCCAACCCGCACAAAACCUCUUUCCACAACAUGCAGCUCUUCCUACGCCUACAAGUCGAAGCCUACGCCUUCAGCCCGCAGAAAUGGGGCUCCGCCGAAGCGCUGGACACCGAGUACGAGAAGCGCACAAAAGUCAGCAAGCAGCGCAAGGAGAAGAAGUUCAAGAACAAACUCGACGACUUGAAGCGCCGCACACGCGUCGAGGCGUACAAGCGCGCAAGACUGAGUGGCGACGGCGGCGAAGCAGAGUUUGGACAGAAGAUCAAGGGUCGCUAUGAUAAGCAUGAGCACGAAUGGGGGAGGGGUGUGCUGAAUCCCGAGACGGGCAUGACGAGGAAGAGCUGCACCGAGUGUGGGAUGGAGGUUGAGGAGUUGGAGUUUUGA